AUGGCCGAUGUUUCGUCUACCCGGCUCUAUUUGGGCAACCUUCCGCGCAACAUCACCAAACAGGAUAUAGAGGACCACUUUGGCAACCAUGGCACCGGCUCUAUCAAAGAAAUCAAGCUCAUGAACGGCUUCGGUUUCAUUGAAUACGAGGACGCCAUGGAUGCGCGAGAUGUUGUUCCAGGCAAGUCAUCUUGA